CCGGCCCGGGCAGCGCCCGCCCCUUCCGCUUCCUCUGGGCCCCGGAGCCGCCGCCGGAGCCAUGAUCGGGGAUCUGCUGCUCUGCGGGACGCUGCUGGUGAACGCCGGUGCCGUGCUCAACUUCAGGCUGAGGAGGAGGGACACGGAGGGAUUCGGAGAGGAGCCGAGGGAACCCACGACCGGUGACAAUAUCAGAGAGUUUUUGCUGAGUCUCAGGUAUUUUCGUAUCUUCAUUGCCUUGUGGAAUAUCUUCAUGAUGUUCUGCAUGAUUGUGUUAUUUGGAUCUUGAAAGCCACCCAUGGACAUGUUGGAAGAGACUUUUGGCUGGGAACAAACUUUUCUAGAAAUAAAAAUUCUGAUGCUCUCCAGCUGCAGGCCCAGGCCUGUGGGGAGCCUGGGACACGCUCAUCCCCUCCAGGUUCCUUCUCUGCCAGGGCUUGGAGCCACAACCUUCACACAAAUUAUCUCAGCUUCACUGAAAGAGAAUUCUAACUUGGUUUUCUAAGCUCAGAGUGGGGAGCAGGGGAGAAUUGGAGCCAGUUUUAAACCUCUGCCUUGGCAGUCCCAACUGGGGCUGUGCCAGGUCGUGUUACCCCUGUCCAAGGCACACUCCUUAGUUCUCAGUUUUGUGUAGAUGUUGAGCAGUGUUCUUGUAACUUCUCACUAUUCCAUUACUUUGUGGGAGGUGUAGAAAAGGAAUAUUCAAGAAAGAAAAAAAAGCUCCCUGUUUUUCCAGAAAAAUGUUUUUUUAAAUUAAUAUUUCAAAGAUUUUUUUUUCCUAAGCAAUAUAUAAGGGAUUUUGAAUGGGAAAAAAUGGCAAAAAUAAUUCUCUAAGCCAAUGUUAAGAGAUAAUUUUGGAAUAAUCUUGGAUUUGGUUGAAUAAAAUUGUUCUAUUUAAGGGUAAAAUAUAUAAUUGAUGCCAUGUUCAUUCUGUUAUGGGAGAAAUUGAUUCUGUAUUGGUGUAUUUUGGGAAAUUGUAACCAGUCCUGUAAUCUAUCUGGAGUCUUGUGUUAUUUAUAUUUAGUUGACCUCUGACCAACAGCUUUUCCCCAGAAUCACCAAGAUAAUUUAACAGAGUGCAGUGCUGAGUAUCUUUUAAAUCAAACUGUAAACUGUUAGUGGGUUUCCACAGAUUCAGUUUCUUUAGCUGUUUAGGAGAAAGAGACUCAAUUUAAAUGAUUCCCUGGCACAAGUUUUAGGGAAUAUUUUGAAUUUUAUCUGGUGAGAUGCAGAUCUGCAGAGUCUGCUGCCCUGAGUUGGGCACCUGCAGCAUUUUACUUGAGUCAUGCUCUUGGUUGAACUGAAGUUUUCACAUGAAUGAAACAUGACAGGGGAAGGGUCAUUUGAGGGAGGAUGCCUGGCUGUAAUGAACCCAGAAAAAUAUAGAGACAGGCUCCUUCAAAUGUGGUUUGAGCCAUCCAGAAAUAUGUACAACCUUUGGUUAAAUUUGAACAUAUUCCUUGUCUGUAAUUUCACUAUAUUUUAACCCUUUUCUGAUUCUUUAGAAUGAGGGAGAGAAAAAAAGUGUGUUGCCAGAUACAAUAAAGGGGUUGACUCAA